AUGACUUUAUGGGAAAUGAUGCAGAACAAUGCUGCUUCCUCCAUUUGGAAAUCGAUUUUUUCAGCAGUCAGUGAUCAGUGCAACACAUUUCAUGCUGACAGAGUUUCAGCUUCAUCACAUCCAAACAGUUCGACAGUACAUGAUUUUGUAAUUGGUGAUGAACCAAUUGCUUUAUUUCGACCGGAACUUGAGAAACUACAACAUAUAUUACAUUUUCCCGAAGAAUUAGCUUUUCAGUUGUCAGCAACCGAAUAUCAAUUAUUCUAUGGGAUGCAACCGAUAGAUUAUGUCCAUUAUGUAAGCUGCGAUUUAACUUCAGUACCAGUUGCAAACAAUCCAAGUCCCGUUCAAAAUCUUGUUAAGCGCUUAUCUGAGAUAAGUUCGUGGGUAACCCAUCUUAUACUUAGCAUGCCAACAUCUGAAGAACGGAAAAUAACUCUUAUUUCUAUUUUCCGAAUGAUCGAUACGUGCUGGAACAUUGGCAAUUUCAACGCAGCCGUUGAAAUUCUGAUGGGACUGAAAAGUGAAAAAUUGCGAUCAUUUUGGUUGUCAAUGAGAUCUGAGGAAAAGAAUAAAUAUGAACAGCUUUGUGAUGCUCUGUUACCCAGUAAUCAGGCUGCUUUGUCGAGUAUUUAUCGAGAAGCGAUUCAAAGAGCUUUACGCAUGCCACAGUGCAGGCUGAUUCCUUUUUUUGGUAUCUUCCUGCGUGAUUUAUAUGCAAUAGUAAACGACAUGCCAAGCGUUGUGAUAACUGAUGAUGAAAAUAAAGAGAGGCUUGAGCUUAUGAAUAAACAAACUGGCGAUAAUCGUUGUACGUCUGAAAUUGGAGUUAGUGGUUUGUUAAAUGCUGAUAAGAUUAGUUUGGUGGCUGUGGUGCUUGAUAAUUUGGAACUGUUUUACCGCCAUUAUAAGAAUGUAACCAGUUUUGUCAUGGAUCCUACGAAACCAAGUAUUGGGAAAGAAAAUCCAAAACCUAAGGGUUAUCAUCCAGUGCAACCUGUCAAAGGUGUUGCGAGAAAUGUCACUUUGGUACCUUUGGAUACGAACCGUUUCGAUCUGGAUGUGAUCCAAAGGCUUCAUCAUGGUACCACAGUCAUUCAUUGUGAUCCGUAUACAAGUCGCAGCACCCUUUGUAUGCUAAAACUGGAUGCCACUUGUGGCUUGUUGUCAUGGCAUAAAGUUGGUUAUUUGGGAACAAAGGAGACAAAAGAUAAGGAUGCAUAUAUCUCAUCAGUGACACGAAUACAAAGUGCAAAACUGCAAAGUACGACACCACUAGAAAGUGGAAAUCCUCCUUCAUCACCAAGUUUACGACCAGCUGGAGCUGCCUGUACUAUGUUGGAAUGUGGCUUUUUAAAGCUUUCCUAUAUUAAAUCUGUUGAAAAUGUUACUUCACACGACAUCAACAUUGAGAACAUUUACCGACGCUACUGCAAUGAAGAUAUGUCUGUGCAAAUGCAUUGCUGGACAAUAAAUUUUGGUUGUUAUUUGUCUGAUAAUGAAUUUUUGUACUUUAUCGCACCGGAGAAAAGCGCUCAGUGCUGGAUAAUCGGGUUAACAGCUAUUGUAAACUACUUCCUAGAACAGCAAAAAUGCGCAGAUCGACGAGUUUUAUGGCUUAGAAAACUGUAUUUACAAUUGUAUAACAAUUACGAACAGGAUAACGUGAUCGAUGAAGGCGUGAUAUCUACUGUACAGCCUCAUGAAGCUCUACAAGCUUUUGGUGGCCGAGCCAAAGAGCAGAGGGCUUUAGGUUUGCAAAGUAUCGUUUCGAAAUCACUUCAAUCAGGAACGAUUCGUUCUGCAGAGGUUACGGCAAAAAAAGGUCGUUUAAAACAAAUGACAAGUGCUGUUACUCGCCAAAUGAAAUUUGCAAACCGUAGUGCUCAUCCACAACCAUUUAUAUCUUUGAAGGCGCAAUACCAGUCAGUACGAAAUCGCAUAACUGGCAGACAGUUUACUGUAUCAGACCCAAGCAUAUCAAAAAUGCCUCGAUCACAUGACAGUUCCUCAUCAGUCGAUACUAUUAGUCUCUCCUCUUGGUACAAAUCCAGAAAGUUAUCAGCAAGAACUUUAGCCAAUUUCUGGUCUGAGAAGACAAAAAAUAGGACAAAAAGUUCCGAAAAUACAAGUCAAAACCCAGCUUUCUCUAAGGAGUUUUUGCUGUCCUCGAAAUCGUGUGAAGAAGAAUAUGCUGAGAAGCCCUUAACAUUAUUCGAAUUCAUUGAAUUGUACAAAUCAUUUAAUGCAAACAUGCGAACAGAUCUAAAAGAUAUUUUCAAUGAUUUCCUCGUGGCAUAUGGAUGUGGCAACGCAAAUGCAGUUGAAUGUGAAAAAAAUCAAAAAUUUUCACAAAUAGAAUCACCGCUUUGGGAUACUGAGUUUAUACCAAACGAUGUCCUUACAAGGAAUACUUUUACAACUCAGCAUAUCAGUGAGAAGCAACAAAAGGUAUACAACGCACUAGCUCUUGCUAGUUUAAAUAGUAUGGACCUAACGGAUACAUCAAGAUAUUCAUUUUUAACUCCUGCAAUGCUGAAACAGUUUAUUGAGAUACAUCAGAUGGAAAUUGUGGAUGAAGAUUAUGCAAUCAAAAUAAUACAGGAACACGAACCGAAUUCAAUUUACCGAAGUAGUCAGCAGCUUUCAUUUGAAGGAUUUGUACGAUAUAUAACUGACUCAACGAAUUAUGCGUUUGUGCCUGAAGCAAUCAAACCUGAUCAGGAUAUACUUCAUUAUCCAUUAAACUAUUACUAUAUUUGCUCAAGUCACAAUACUUACCUCACAGGUCAUCAGCUGAAGGGUGAAUCAUCCACCGAAAUGUAUCGCCAGGUACUAUUGACAGGCUGUCGUUGCGUUGAAUUAGAUUGCUGGGAUGGUGAAAAUGGCCUGCCCCAGAUAUUCCAUGGCCACACUUUGACAUCUAAAAUUGGCUUUCGUGAAGUACUUACUAUCAUUAAAAAAAGUGCCUUCGCUACCAGCAAUUUACCUGUUAUUUUAUCAAUCGAAAAUCAUUGCUCACUUCAGCAGCAAGCGAGAAUGGCUCAAAUGUUUAGAAAUUACCUCGGUGAAGAACUAGUUACGUAUUUCUUGUUCGAAGCUGACUAUAGUAAUUCUCCACGACUUCCAUCACCGUGGCAAUUGCAGAAUAAAAUUUUAAUUAAAAAUAAGAAAUUGGUCGCAGAACCAAGUGUCGGACUGCGUGUGGAUAAGUACUUUAUCAAAAAUGAAAGCGAUGCGGUUAUGGAGCAGACUGAUGGAUUCUAUGGAACAGAUGAAGAUGAUCUUGAGGAAUUUUAUGAUGAUUUGGAUGACGAAGAAGCAGGUUCGGAAAGUCUGAGGAUAAUAAAUCGAUUGUCAAGAGGUACACUGCAUGAAUCGUCCGGUGAAACUGAAGAGGAGCACAAGUACUCUGUAUCCAAAUCAGAACAUGAGAGGCCCAUUAAGAAGAUAUCAGGAACCCCAGUUGCACCUGAAUUAUCAGAUUUGGUGAAUUACAUGCAGACUACCAAAUUCAAGAGAAUUUUUUGGGGUUUUCCUGGUAUGGUCGAUUUUGUUCAUCGACGAGAAGAACCUACCAAAUCUUCGAUGCUGGGGAUGACUCGAGCAGGUUCUAAUUUAUUACCCAUAUCAACUCCAUCACGACGGUUACGGAAUAUUGCAUUAUCCAAUGGGGAAAAUACACUGAAAUCUGGAGAAGAAACUCGAUUUUCUUUGUCAAGGCCCAACAGUAAUGCAUCAUGCUAUCAGGUUAUAUCACUGAAUGAAUCAUCCGCCCGGAAGCUUUCAAGGAAACACCCAUUGGAAUUUAUCGCUUAUUCACGUGAACAGAUUGUUAGAACGUAUCCUGGCGGUAUGCGCAUUGAUUCCUCUAACUUCAAUCCAGUUCAUUAUUGGGCAUUUGGUUUGCAAAUGGUUGCCUUGAAUUUUCAAACCACUGAUACAGCAAUGGCCGUAAACGCAGCAAUGUUCGAACAAACUGGGAAUUGUGGAUAUAUUUUGAAACCGAGGGUUUUAUGGGACAAUUCCCAUCCCCACUAUAAUCGUUUUAAUCCGCUCUGCAAAGAUACUACUUCAAUAUCUGCGCUGUUUUAUACAAUUAAGAUAAUAUCAGGACAGCAUGUUUGUCCAAAUCAGCAUAGCGCUUCAACGUAUGUUGAAGUGGAGAUCAUCGGAAUACCAGCGGACUGUGCCAAAGAGAAAAGUAAAACAGUAAAUCGAAAUUCCGUGAACCCAAUUUGGAAUCACACUUCAACAUUUCGAAUCUCUUUGGUUUAUCUAGCUUUUUUACGAAUCGCUGUCUGCGAUAGCACAAGUGGCAGAUGUAUGGCACAACGAGUAGUUCCUGUGCGUUGUAUUCGGGCAGGAUAUCGUCAUCUCCCAUUACGAACACCCACAAAUAUACCGAUGGAUCAGGGAACUAUAUUUCUAUAUUCACAUUUUGAACAAGAAGAACAUAUUUAUUUACAUGACGAAGAUAGUAUUGUCAAUUGUAAUACUGAUCAACAACUGCAACCUCAGACACUUAAUAUCUGUCCGACGGCAACGAUAAAAGCAGUUCCCAUUCUCAAACGUCAGAUUUUUGUAUUGCGAAUAUCGGGCUUAUAUAAUGACGAUACACCAGUUAUUGUGCACGCUGAGUCAUUUACCACAGUGAAGAAUGUCGUACAAAUGGCACUCAUAAAUGCCGGAAAAAAUGCGGAUACAACUGAGGAAUAUGUUUUGGUUGAAGUAAAUAGCAAUGAAGUGUUGAGUAACAGUGAUGAACAACAAAAUAUGCAGUGCAGAUAUCGUAUUUUACCGUCCAAGAAACCGAUCAUGGAUUUUGUUGCAUGCUGGAAUGGUUCCAUGCGUCGUUUCGACCCUAGCGGUAAAGCUUGGAUCAGUUCUAUAAUCAAGAGUGGUAGCGGAACACCGUCAUCAUCGUCAACAAUUCAGUCACCAUCUUGCGCUCAAUCUCCUUUAGGGAGAAAAACAAAUAAUCGUUCCUUAGGACAACAUCCUAUGCUUCAUAGAAUAAAGUCUUUGGAUCACUAUGUUUUUAACGAGAAGGAGAUUACAACUGAUUUGCGUCCAUUCACAUGUACAAUGAGCGGAACUUUUCUGAUGUGUGUUCAUAAUGUUAGCAGACAUCAACCGUACGUUAUUCUUCGGGCGAGUAUUUACAGCACUGCUAACGAUAUCAUCAAAGAAGUUUUCUUGAAAUCACAACAAGCAAAUGUCACUGAAUCAGAAUACAUACUGGUUGAAGAAACAAUGAAACAACCAGUUUCAGCGCAAUCUAGAUCAGUAGACCAGAACAUAUCUGGGAAUAUUAUCUCAUUUGAAGGGAAAAACAUUGAAACAGCAAAACCUUUUGAGUAUACAGACGUCUCUAUGAGAGUGUUGGCAUCAAAUGAAAUUGUUUGGAAAGCGCAGAGUGCAUGGAAAACACCUGGACGUUUCAUCUUGGAAAAUCGGGAAUACACUAUCCAUUCAACUAGAGAACAAGUGAAAAAUUUAUUGGAAGCACUCGAAAAUGCGCAUGUAAGUGCUGGCCUUUCACUACCAGUUAAAGAUUAA